AUGACACAAGGGGGGGUACAUCUCCUCGUACGUUCAGCGUUAUUGCAGCAUUUGUCGAUCAGAAGGCAAGCAGGAAGUAAAGAUGGCGAGUCCUGCGAAAGAUAAAUCAGGGAUCGUUGAAAAGGACAGUACGUCCAGUGGACGUAUCAUUGCAGGUGUCACAGAAACGGAUGCCUUUUACGGAGGUUCUAUCUCGUUGGACCCUGCCGAGGAGUACAAGAUGGACCACAAAAAAAGAGGCCUCGUCCUCAUCUUUAAUCAGGAGCACUUCUUUUGGCGUCUUGGGAUGCCUCCAAGGAACGGCACCAACAUGGAUCGAUACAACUUGGUUAAAAGAUUUGAGGUCAUGAAUUUUGAAGUGAGAGCAUUUGAUAAUCUCAAACUGGAGGAGGUUUGGGACAAGAUAGCUGAAGCUGCUGAGGAUGAUCACACGGACUCUGACUGCUUUGUCUGUAUUUUCCUGAGUCAUGGGGAGAAUGAUCAUGUCUUUGCUUACGAUGGGAAGAUCUGCAUUCAGGAUGUAACAGCGCUUUUCAAAGGAAAGAAAUGCCCAAGCCUGGCUGGGAAGCCCAAGAUAUUUAUCUUGCAGGCGUGCCGUGGGGACAAACACGAUGACCCAGUGACCCCCAUGGAUGUGGUGGACCAUGACACUAAGACUAAUAAAGUGGAGGUUGACGCUGGGGUUGUCUACACUCUGCCCUCCGGGGCGGACUUCCUCAUGUGUUACUCAGUGGCAGAGGGAUAUUACUCCCACCGUGAGACAGUAAAUGGCUCGUGGUACAUCCAGGACCUGUGUGAGAUCCUGAAGGAGCAUGGCCAGGCUCUCGAGUUCACUGAGCUUUUGACACUAGUCAACCGCAAGGUGUCCCGGCGCAGUGUUGGCCGAUGUAAUGAUCCCUCUGCCAUUGGAAAGAAGCAGGUGCCCUGUUUUGCCUCAAUGCUCACCAAGAAGCUCUACUUCAGGCCUAAGAGUGAUUAGUGUUUUCAGCCAGCUGUAACACACAGUGGGUUCAUAAUCCUUCCUCAGGUUUUUGUAAAUGUUUCUGAUCAUGGCAUCUAUUCUCAUGUCAUGAGUAUCAGCAGCAAAUAAUCAAACAAAAUGGUGCAUAAUGUUGUGACUAACUAAAAAAAAGACAUGGAUCUUUAGUAAGUUCAAAAGGCUGUGCUAGCCAAAUUUUAAGAUUUUUCUUUAUAUCCUUGUAAGAGAAAACAAAUACUUCAUGGGAAGUUUGCUGGAUUUAUGUAAAUGAAAAUAUUGCUUUGUACCUCUACAUUCCAGCAUAUACUGCUGAGUAUAGAAGAACACAAGGCAACCAAGUUAUGUUUGCAGCAGGGGCAUAUACCAAAUGAUUCACAACCUCAUAUUUGGGGGACACAAAAUGUUCAAAAGGGUAGUAACUAUUAGCUCCUCAGACACAGAAUAAAUGGUGGUUAAAAACAUAUAAAGACCAUUGAUCUGAUACUAGUGCUAUCUUGUUGGAAAGAAGACAUCUUCAAGAGUCAGUGAACAACCUCAAGGCUUAAGAACAAACAGAAACCUGAAUUACCACAUUGUUUUGAAAUGUUAUGACCUUUAAAUCAUGCAUUUGCUUCUGUACUGACGUAGACCUCCACUGUGUGCUUUCAAAAAGGGAAUUAAUGUUAGUUGUUGUCACUUCAACUUUGUGUUAAACCCUUUGACCAUAUGAAUUUUCACCAGAGUGUCUUGUUCUUCCAACACUAACAAACUGCUUAAGUAUGGAAAGUAGCUCAGGGAUGGGGCGGCUUGAGCUGUGGGAGCAUGCUGCCUUUCUGAGAUUCUGCCACCACAGGGCCUGACAACAGCCAGACACCAACUCACUUUUGUGAGUCAUCUAUGUUAGCGUGUCAUUCACUGCUGUCGUGAAUGUGUCAUCUGCUAUCAAUUAAGUAAUUCACUAGAACAAAUAUUUACAGUAGUAUCCAAGUUAAAGUACUGGGUUAAAGCUUUUAUAUAUGUAGCAAAAUGAUCCAGCGACUACAAAGGAUUAUACAAUGAGAUGUAAUGAAUUCUGUUUGUGCUGCUGUCAACACGAACAUACACCGAUGAUGUGCCUUUCAUGUAUCAACCACUCAGGACCAUGUCAAGGCUAGAUUUCUUAUUGUCCUAUUAUUUUUAAAGCAAAUUCCUAUAGCCUUUUAGAGCAAUUAUUAAGACCACCAGGACUGGUUGUGGUACCAUUAGGCUUGGCUAUAAUGUGUAAUAGAUAAAUAACUGGUCAAAAGCAUUCUGUUCGUGAAGCGCAGUUCUUAAAAUUAACUAUUCAUCAGAACCACACACUCAUUCCUCAAGUUAAGUGUAUCUGUACUUGAAAGCUAGGUUUACAGCAGCUGUAUAAUUUCUACAUGGUAUGGUUUCUUAUGGUGGUGGGGGUUUGCACUAUCAAUGAGUUUUGAAGACUCCCUUGUAUUUUGUUUCCUGUUUUUAAGUGCAGUUGGGUAAUGUACCACUUUGUGUAAUUUUAGAUUGACUCUGAUUUUAUGAAUUUGAGGUGCAAUAAAAUGAAUUUACUACUAA